AAUAUGAAUGGCAACAUUUAUUGUUCGACGUCUUCCCGAAGCAGUAGCAACUUUGUGGUGUCCCACUCAAGGCGUGUUGGGUUGUGACAGAAGAGCCUAGACCGGAGAUGGGGGAUCCGGAGCCUCCAGAGUUUGGGUCCCUGGAGGAAGAGCUGGAGUACUGGAAGGAACAGGCUGCCAGGCACCAACAGAGUGCGGAGGAAGCCCAGGAGGAACUGCAGGAGUUUCAGCAGAUGAGUCGGGACUAUGAGGUUGAGCUGGAGACGGAGCUGAAACAGUGUGAGGCGCGAAACCGGGAGCUCCUUUCUGCCAAUAACCGCAUGCGCAUGGAGCUGGAAAACUACAAGGAUAAAUAUGAGACGCAGCACUCUGAGGCCUGCCGGCAAAUUUCCCACCUGGAGGGAGACCUGGCUGAAACCACUGCCAUCAGAGACCAGCUUCACAAAUAUAUCAGAGAGCUGGAGCAGGCCAAUGAUGACCUGGAGAGGGCCAAGAGGGCGACUAUCAUGUCACUGGAGGAUUUUGAGCAGAGAAUGAACCAAGUUAUAGAGAGAAACGCCUUCCUUGAAAGCGAGCUGGAUGAGAAGGAGAAUCUUUUAGAGUCCGUCCAGAGACUGAAGGAUGAAGCCAGAGACCUGAGGCAGGAGCUUGCGGUGCAGCAAAAGCAGCAGGUACAGGACAGGAAGCCGUCCAUCAGCAGCACAGUCAAAGAGCCUUCUUCCUCGUCCUCCACUGGGUUGCCCACUCCACCUCUCACCCCCCCAGACAAAACAACAGAAGACAAAACUGCAUCUUCUUCCUCUAACCAGCCCCUUCCCUCCACACCGUCCAGACCCCCAGCCUCCACAGAGCCUUUCGCCACCCCACCACCCUCUGUCAGCAGAGGUGAAAGCCUUUCAGCGACUCCCCUCACCACGUCAGCGAGAAUCUCUGCUUUGAACAUUGUUGGAGAGCUCCUGAGGAAAGUCGGGAACCUGGAGUCUAAGCUGGCAUCGUGUCGGGACUAUGUCAACGAGCAGACAGCUAGUCGCAGAACUGGUGGACAGGGCGUGGCAGUGGGCCAGAACAACUCAGACAGCCAUCCUACCAAUGGACUCUACAACAAGGGGCUGGUGAAGAGGUUAGACUUUGGCACGGGAUCAAAGCUGCUGCUUUGAAAGUGAAAACAUCCUUAAUCCUCCGCUGAGCUGCUCGGCCCUUCCUCUCCGUCAGACCGGGAUGUCCCAAAUAUAACGGUACCAUGUGUUACGUCAUACAGGUCAUCAGCGUCAGUGCCUCUUCAGGACACGACACAGUACAUGGACAACUCUUAAGAAGCUGCAGUGAUGAAAUGGAUGCAUACGCUACUAUGGAUACUUUGGGAAGUCCGUGACCAGCUCAGAGAUACAGAGUCAGACUUUUUGUUUAUUACCAGGAGUUCUUUUCUGCACUCGCACUUGGCUUGAACUAAUUUAAUGGACUCAUGUUGCAUGUCACCACCUCACCUCUUAUUGUUUGCAAGUAUUUUGCGCUUUUUUUUUUUUCCACUGUCCCUCUAUAGAUGUUUUCAGACUGAACACAGAGUAAAUUUUAGAGAAAGUUUUAGAGAGAUUUCGUACAGAAUCAAUUAAAACCAGUGCAGGUUUUCUUAAGUUAGUGAGAACAGAGGGGAAGAUGUACAGAAAGACGGUGAAAGUGUUUGAAAAAAGGCUGUAACACUUAAAUGCAGGACAUUAUUUUGCACAGUGUAUUAAACGGAGAAGGAAUUUCCAGAAGGAAAGCUAGAGUUAAUGUACAGAGAUAAAAGGAAUAAAGCUGAACCCAUGCACACUUUUUACAGAAGUCCAACACUUUCGCAUUAAACCAGUUCUCCUGGAUGAACUUAUGCACAGUUUUUGGAGAACUUGUCCCAGUUCUUCAGUAGAUUUAGAUUCUCAGUGUCUUCUGUCUCUUCGUGUAAUCCCAGACCUGAUUCCAAGAUGAUGAGAUCAGGACUCUGGGGGGUUUAGACCAUUUGUUGCAGGGCUUGUGGCUGAAGGUAAUUCUUUAUGACUCAGUCUGGAUGUUGUCAUGAUCUUGAAGCAGUAGUCAAACCUGCUGAGUUAUGUCAAAGAGAAAAUUUGCUUUGUGGUUCUCUUACCACACCUUGAGUGUGUCUGAGGGCUAAACACUGGAUGAGCAGUUUUGUGCGCACAAGAGGAAAAUGUCUUUAAUACUUGACAGGGUUAAUCUUAUCCUCUUAAUAUCCUGGCUUUCUCAAAUAUAUAAAAAAGGAUAAUAACUUGUUGCCUAAGAAAUUCCAACAACAACAAAUUGCCACUAAUUUUAGACUAAAUAGAAUAAAAAAAAUGUAGUAGAUUUCCCCAAUAAGCACAUGUUGUAGCCCAGAGAAAGUGAAUGUUAGGGUUUUGCGGAUUAGCUAGUUCCCUAAACAUAAUCUGCAGAAGGACAUGAAACUUUAAAUCUGUGUUCCCACCCAUACUUUACUGAGGUGUGGAAUUUGAAUUUACUGCUUGCAAAGAAGGAGUAGUGUGAGUGAAGCUGACGUUGGAUAAGCAAACAUGCUGCACCUCUGUGUGAGCCACAAGGUUUUAAUGUGUUUUCAUUACUUUGUCAGAUGUUAUUCAAAGUGACAUUAGUUAUUAAAAGUAUGUUAUGGGAGGGGGGGCAGAUACUUUGCAUUUCACAAGAGAAUUUUUGAAGGGAUCUUGCAACACACACAGUGGCCAUGAGGGGUUGUGCAUCUUAAAGCUGCCUUAUUAGUGUGUUUUUAUAACAAUUAGUUAAAUAUGAAAUAUGUGGCUUGUUGCAAGGAAAAUAUUUUUCACCACCUCUGCAGUUUUCUGUAGCUUUUCAGCCCUGUUUAGCUUUACCUGUCUAGUUUUAGUUGUAAGGCUCUUUGAAUGAAUGGUUCAUGCUCACCGCUCUGGUGCUCUGGCUGUUGUUUGCAAAAAUUACUAUUUUUCAGUAUUUUCAAGAUGACUGAUUGCUUUCUCUCUGUGUAUGGCUGAAAUGAAAAUGUACCAGAAUGUACCAGUUUUAUUAGUUUGCGGUGAAGUCAUCAGGAGCAAUGUCCUUAAGUUUUGUUAGCGCUGGUCUCAGUCCAAGUGAUAAGAUACCUAUGAUUACUUAAAUGACCCACUAGAGCUACAACCAGAAAGGAAGGUAAGAUAUUUGUGCCAAAGGUUCUCGUCAUACGCAGCGAGUGUGAUUUUAUACAUGGUAACAAAAGAUAAAGCUAUUUUGAUUAUUUUUCACCAGCUUCUUAAUACUAAAGCUCCUGGUUAAAAAAAAAAAAGAUUAAGUUUAGAAACUAAUGUUAUUGGUAUACAAAUCAAGUAGCAUACAGUGACUCCUGAAAUUGAUCAGAUCAUUUGUUUUCCUAAAGAAGACUUAGGUGGACAAAACACAGGACAUCUUCUUUGACAGCAUUAGACAUGGCCCAGGAUCCCAUUCAGACUUACACCUGGCGUUGCCUGCACUGGGCUGAUUAUCUAAAAUGAGUCUGCAUUGAUAUAGCUGUAGAAAGGAGCACUGUUGAGGCACUUGCAUACAUGAGUGCUACAUCCUGUGUUUUUUUGCUCUAAUUUCUUGGUUCAUAUUUUUGCAUCCAGAGACAUUUUUGUUUUUGUAAUUUGAUAGCGCCCCUUGAAUGUCAAACGAACAGAGAGGUCUCAGACUAUUUGUCAUGCGUUGUUAGGCUAUAAUGGCCUCAUUGUAGUAAAAUUUACUGUGGCUGUUCUUAGUCCCCAGAGGAUGAACACUAGUUCUUGUAGAGACCCUCUUUCUUUCCUUCCUUUACACUAGAAAUAUCACAAUUUAAUGGGCGUAUUGCCAUCAGAUUUACUGAUCACACUUAUGUCCCCUAGAGAAUGAACCUUUAGGAUUUUAAUGGCCUCUGCUGUAGCAGCACCCUCAGGUCAUUUUAGUGUCAAAUACUGAUAAGACUGUAAGCUUAGGAGAACUGUCCAUAUGUUGUUUGAUCUGUCCAAUAAUUUGAUAAUAUGGCAUAAAAUUAAGAUGUAAGGCACUCAUAGUGGAGAUUUGUUCCAUUAUUGUGUGGCAGACAAGUAGAGGAAGCAACUUUUUAGACUGUGGAGAAGUUGUUUAAAAUAAGUAAAUCCCUCUGCAGAGCUCUACUUCUGUCUUCCCAGGAGUGAAAUUGGAAACGUCUUCUGUUAAUGAGGAGAUGCAAAUACUUCAGUGAAGGCUACUUGUGUUUUAUGUUAAAAAGUAUUAGGUUGACGUGUAGUGUUAUCUACUGUACUUCUACUGUAGGGUCGCUAACAUAGGUCCAAUAUAUGUAUGUUCAGUUGCUUGUGUCUGUAGGCAGGAAUGAUUUACAAGUAGCUGCUCAGGGCGAAUGUAAAGCAAAAGCAGAAUGCUGGGCCUUUCCCUUUAAGGUAAACAUGGGAAGGUAGAGGUGGAAAAUGAGGCUUGGUGGGUUUUUUUUCUUUUGCCUUAUAUGACUGUUAAAAAAACUACUUACAUGCUCACAGAUGAAGUGCUCAAGACUUGUUCUGUCAUGUGUUGUUUUUACCUUCAGUGCUGCUUAUGAUGCUUCUGAAAAAAGCAAUUAAACUUGAAAUGGAAAGAAA